CAAACUCAAAUACGUUAAAAAUUGGCUGAAUUGAGUCUGUAAUACAACUUCGGAGGUGAUGGUGGAACUCAUCUUUCUACUUUCUAUGGAGGUGGAGGUAUGAGUGGAACAAAUGUCAAUAGAGCGGUUUCUCGCAUUCCUUUUGCUACUUGACGGAAACCGAAUAAUAUAUUUAGUGUCCACCGCCCUUCCUAUAACAAAAGCAGACUGUUCCGAAGGUCAAAUCUCGCGCUAAAGUCCAGACUCCAGAGUAUGUACUUGGCUUGUUCGAGCCAAAAUCUCGCUUUCUUCCACUCUGUAAUCAAACCUUGCAUUGAAACCAAAAACUCAAGAUCAGCAUUUGCUUAUUUUCGCCAAUUGUUACAAUCCAGUGUAAAGCCAACUGACCUCACUUUUUCUUUGCUGCUUAAAUCCUCUGCAUCAUCGUCGCUCUACGUAAAACUAGAAGCCAAUCAAAUCCACACCCAUUUAGUAAAAUUGGCUAUUGAUAAGUUUGUCUAUGUAAGUACAUCCCUUCUUGAUGUGUAUAUGAAGCUAGGAUGCGUUUUCUGUGCACAAAGACUGUUUGAUCAUAUGCCUAAUAAAGACAUUGUCACUUGGAAUGCGUUGAUUUGUGGCUACUCAAGAAACGAAUAUGACGUUGACGCAUUGAAGCUAUUUGUUCAAAUGUUUAGAGAGAGUUUUAUUCCCGAUGAGACAACGUUAGUUAGUGUGGUUCCGACUUGUGGGCCACGAGAGCUAGUAUUUCAAGGGAAAUCUAUUCAUGGUUAUGGGAUUAAAACUGGCCUUGAUUUGGAUUCUAAAGUUAAGAAUGUGUUUGCUUCAAUGUAUGCCAAGUGUUCAGAUUUGGAAGCGGCUGAACUUAUAUUCGAACACAUUGACAUGGUUGAGGAAAGUGUAGUUUCGUGGAAUACCAUAAUUGGUGCUUAUGGCCAAAAUGGUUUCUUUGAUCAGGCAUUGCUUGCCUUCGAGAAAAUGCGAGAGAAAAAUGUGAAAGUAAAUUCAGUCACAGUUCUGAGCAUUCUCUCUGCCACUGCCGACCCUGAAUCCAUUCAUUGCUAUGUAAUCAAAACGGGGAUUAUCAAUGAUGCAACUGUGAUCACUUCACUGGUUUGUGUAUACGCCAAAAAUGGGGACACUGAAUCAGCAGAAUUACUUUACAAGUCAUUGCCUGAAGAGAAUUUGGUUUCCCUAACCGCAAUUAUUUCAAGCUAUGCUGAGAAAGAAAAUAUCAGUUUGAUUGUGGAACGUUUUACUCAUAUGCUGCAGUUAGAUAUGAAAGUGGACGCAGUGGCUAUGGUUAGCAUCAUUCAUGGAAUAACAAACCUAGAUCACUAUGACGUUGGGCUUUCAUUCCAUGCUUAUGGAAUAAAGAGUGGGUUGUGUAAUUAUCCUUUGGUAGCUAAUGGGCUAAUUAGCAUGUACUCCAAGUUCAUUGACAUUGACUCUGUGUUCUAUCUGUUUUCGGAUAUGAAUAAGAAACCACUAAUCAGUUGGAAUUCAGUGAUAUCCGGAUGUAUACAAGCUGGAAGAGCAAGUGAUGCCAUGGAGUUUUACUGUCAAAUGCAGAUGUCUGGACUUAGACCCGACACUAUUACUGUUACUAGUUUGCUCUCUGGGUGCUCUCAACUUGGAUACAUGCAAUUUGGGAGGAGAAUUCAUUGCUAUAUCCUUCGAAACAAUCUAGAAGUAGAAGAUUUUGUUGUCACUUCCCUAGUAGACAUGUACACCAAGUGUGGAAGCAUAAAGCAAGCAGAAAGGGUGUUCAAAAGCAUCCAAAACCCAUGUGUAGCAACAUGGAAUUCAAUGAUCUCAGGCUAUAGUUUAUAUGGGUUUGAACAGAAAGCUCUGAAUUCUUAUUCGGAAAUGAGAAAAUGUGGACUUAAACCUGAUAAAAUCACUUUCUUGGGAGUUUUAGCUGCCUGUAUCCACGGGGGUCUUGUUGGUGAAGGGAGAAAGUACUUCAAAAUUAUGAAAGAGGACUUUGGUGUGGCGCCAACAUUGCAACACUCUGCAUACAUGGUUGGUCUCCUUGGUAGAGCAGGUCUGUUUGAAGAAGCAAUAUCAUUUAUAAAGAGUAUGGAGAUUGAGCCUGAUUCGGCAGUGUGGGGAAGCUUGCUGAGUGCUUGCUGCAUGCACCAAGAGGUAAAGCUUGGGGAAUGCUUGGCCAGGAAGUUAUAUUUCUUGGAUUAUGGAAACAGUGGAGUAUAUGUAUUGAUGUCAAAUCUAUAUGCGGCUAAAGGGAUGUGGGACGCUGUAGUAAGGUUGAGGAACAUGAUGAAAGACAUUGGAGGUGAUGGCUGUUCAGGAGUUAGCCUAAUCGAGGUGACUUCUAUGCCAAAAAAUGGAUUUUGACUUUAAUUGACAAUAUAUUAUAUUUAACAUUAAAAUUAUUUUUAAAGGAUAAU